AUGGCGUUCAACGGGAAAGCCCCGUACGCCCCGGACUACGCCUCCUACAACUGGAUUGGAGCUCCCGCCAACUACGAUCUCACAACCAACACCGACUUGGGCGGUGAUUCCCGCACCGAAAAUGUGAACAAAUGGUUCCAAUCCGGUGACCAGGCCUACAUCAUUGUGUCCUCGGCCAUGGUCAUGAUCAUGAUUCCCGGUCUCGGCUUCCUAUACUCGGGACUGGCCCGUCGAAAGUCCGCCCUCAGUAUGAUCUGGGCUUGUAUGGCCUCCUUGUCCGUCAUCACCUUCCAGUGGUACUUCUGGGGUUACUCGCUAGCUUUCUCACCGACCGCAACCAAUGGUUAUAUCGGCAACCUGCGCAACUUCGGCUUGAUGAAGACCCUGGCUGAUCCAAGCCCCGGUUCUCCCUUGAUCCCUAACUUGCUCUUUUCUUUCUAUCAGAUGCAAUUCCUAGGUGUUACUGCAGCUAUCGUCAUGGGAGCGGUUGCCGAACGGGGCCGUCUGCUUCCCGCCAUGGUCUUCGUCUUCAUCUGGGCUACCAUUGUGUACUGCCCCCUAGUCUGCUGGAUCUGGAACUCCAACGGAUGGGCAUAUAAAUACGGUGUGAUGGAUUACGCCGGUGGUGGUCCCGUCGAAAUUGGAUCCGGUUUUACAGCUCUCGCCUACUCGAUGGUGCUCGGUCGCCGACAAGAACGCAUGAUGCUCAACUUCCGCCCGCACAACGUCUCACUCAUUCUUCUCGGCACUGUCUUCCUUUGGUUCGGCUGGCUCGGGUUCAACGGCGGUUCCUCGUUCGGAGCUAACAUGCGUGCCACAAUGGCUUCCUGGAACACCAACUUGACUGCCGCCUUCGGAGCCAUCACUUGGGUUCUGCUCGAUUGGCGUCUGGCUCGGAAGUGGUCGAUGGUCGGCUGGUGUUCCGGUACCAUCUCGGGACUCGUUGCUGCAACUCCCGCCUCUGGAUUCAUCUCUCCCUGGGCCAGUGUGAUCCUCGGCGUUGUGACUGGCAUCGUGUGCAAUUAUUCCACCAAGAUCAAAUACUGGAUCCGCAUUGACGACUCUAUGGAUGUGUUGGCUGAGCACGCCAUUGCCGGAAUUGUCGGCCUGAUUUUCAACGCUCUCUUCGGCGACGAUGCCAUUGUCGGCCUGGACGGCGUCAACACUGGUACCAAGGUUGGCGGCUGGGUUAUUCACAAUUAUAAGCAGUUGUACAUCCAGAUCGCCUACAUUGUCGCUACCGCCAGUUACUCCUUCGUCAUGUCCGCUAUCAUCGCUUACGCUAUUAACGCCAUUCCCGGCCUGAACCUGCGUGCUUCCGAGGAAGCCGAGCUCCUCGGUAUGGACGACGACCAGCUGGGCGAGUUCGCCUACGAUUACGUCGAGGUCCGCCGUGACUACCUCGCCUGGACCCCGCAGAACCACGAUCAGCUCGAAGACGGCCACCAAAUUCCCGCCGCCCAGCGCUACGGAAUCGGCGAGCACAGCGAGAUGAUGCUCGGUGGCCCACCGCGUGAGAUCAUGCUCGAGGGCCACUCGCCCAAUGGCGAGAUCAGCCAGAGCAGUCGCGGCGGCAGUGAGGGUGAUAUGACCAUGCACGAAGUCAAGAUCGCUCCUGCUCCUCGCCAGGUCGCUGAGGAGCAUCCUUCCAACACACCACAGCACCUCGAACCUGUGGUCCUGCAACCGGUCAACGAGAAGACGGAGAACUAA